UUCAUUUCGAUUUGUUUGUUGUGGUGUAGUUGAGAUGGAAAAUGGAAGGAAAUGUUGUAUCUUCGAGUACGCCUGCAACAUUUAGCACGAGUGAUAAACAUAAAUUAUACUGUGAUCGAUGGAGCGAUGAUCUUUGCUCGAACAUAACCUACACUAAACCUUGGUAUCGAGCGGAGAUAAAGAAACUAAGGGCUGAAGUAUCCAAGUUGGAUGAAGCUUUGAAGGAGGACAAACAGUCAUUUUCAACCCUUCAUCUUAAUGACAUUCUUGCUAAAUUGGUAAGGAAAGUUUCAAAGGAAAAACGAGCUUCAUUCGAAGAACUUGAUAUCAAAGGAAAAUUGAACGGAGAUGGGGAAAUAGACAUUAAACGUUUAGAAAAGUUCACAGGAUUGUAUGUUCAUGACAUUUCUUUGGAAGUUGAAGAGGAAAAAGGAGACGUUUGUGUGAGAAGACAUAGUGUUCAUGGAAGCUGUCGUGGCAUUGAGUUUGAAACUACAUUUUUGGUGAAAGAAAACAUCGUGCAAGAUGAUAGACGUGAUGCUUCAUCAGAUAAUCUGAAUUGCUGUUUGAAUCUGCCUCAAGUAGUUACCCUGGAUGUUGAGAUUAAAAAUGAGACUUCCAAUUUGAAUAUGAAAGAUUUCUUAAAAUAUGUCCAGGAAGAGAAACAGCUUCAACAAUUUUUUGUCACUCUGCAGAACUAUGCAAAAUGGAAACGGGAUCGUUUAAAGACAUUCAGUCAUUUUCAAAAUAGAUACCCUGAAAUAGCUACCUACAAUCCCUUACGAGAUGAUUCUGUCAUGACUGUUUGUAAUCAAGAACAUCCAGGGCUUCGAAUGAAUGUUGUUUGGAAAAUUCUAGUAUCACAGAGAGGAGAUGUUAAACCCUAUUUUGACCUGCAGUCUUGCAUCCUUUCUGAACAACUCGACAACAAAGAUAUUUUUAAAAGGAUGCGUUCAAAAUUUCUGCAUUUGUUGAAAAAUCUUGGAAUUGAAAAAUCAAUAGAAGCAGUUCUACUUAUUGUAGCAAAAUAAGUCCAUAAAAUCUAUAAAAGUUAUGGAUGUAAAACUGAUAAUAUAUUUAGCACUGUAUAUUUAGUUUUAAACUUUGUAAUUGUAUAGUAUAGCAUAUGUUUUUAUUCAACUUAUAAUCAUAGUAUUUUGAGAACAUAUGGGGGAUUUAUGUAAAGAUCUACUGCCCUUAACAUAAAAAUUUUAAAAUCUGCCAAAACAACUGUAUAUCAAAUAUAAUUGUCAAGGAAGUAAGACAUUAUCUUUAAAAUAGUGAUUACAAAUUUUACUUCCCUGACAAAUAUAACUGAUAUACAGUGUUUAUUAGGUUUUUUAAAUUCUUAUGUUGUCAAGGGCAGUAUUAUUUAAACCAGUUCAA